AUGAAGUUCGCUUCAAGCAUAGAUCCUCAUCGCACAUGUUGUCACAAAAUGAGACUUUCCGCUUCAUUUUACCUUAUGUGCGGAUGCUAUGCGAUGGAUGCGGAUAUUACAGGGUAUAUCGCGCCUUCUAACCAGGAACAUAACAAACGGUAUUUUGUUAAAUUCGCACACCACAUACCUUAA